GCCCGGAGGCUGAAGUCCCCGAGGCGGGAGGAGCCCGAGGGGGCGCGGGCCCCGCAUGGAUUUUGUACUGGAAGACAUGGAUCUUGCUGCCAAUGAGCUCAGCAUUUAUGACAAACUUUCAGAGACUGUUGAUUUGGUGAGACAGACAGGCCAUCAAUGUGGCAUGUCAGAGAAGGCAAUUGAAAAAUUUAUCAGACAGCUGCUGGAAAAGAAUGAACCUCAGAGGGGACCACCCCAGUAUCCUCUCCUUAUAGCCGUGUAUAAGGUCCUUGUAACCCUGGGAUUAAUCUUGCUCACUGCCUACUUUGUGAUUCAACCUUUCAGCCCAUUACCACCUGAACCGGUGCUUUCUGGAGCUCACACCUGGCGCUCACUCAUCCAUCACAUUCGGCUGAUGUCCUUGCCCAUUACCAAGAAGUAUAUGCCAGAAAAUAAGGGAGUUCCUCUGCAUGGGGGUGAUGAAGACAGACCCUUUCCAGACUUUGACUCUUGGUGGGCAAACAGUUGUGAGCAGAAUGAGUCGAACCCCAUCCCUGCCAACUGCAGUGGCUGUGCUCAGAAAUUACCCCUCAAGGUGAUGCUCCUGGAAGACACCCCAAAGAAAUUUGAGAGACUCCAUCCUCUGGUGAUCAAGACGGGCCAGCUCUUGCUGCCAGAGGAGCUUCAGCAUUUUUUGUGCCAGUACCCCGAGGUGGCGGAGGGCUUCCCCGAAGGGCUUUUCACCAAGUGGUGGCGCUGCCUUCCUGAGCGGUGGCUCCCAUUUCCUUAUCCAUGGAGAAGACCUCUAAACAGAUCACACAUUUUACGUGAGCUUUUUCCUGUUUUCACCUACCUGCCAUUUCCAAAAGAUGCCUCCAUAAAAAAGUGCUUCCUUCUUCAACCGGAACCUAUUGUGGGUAGUAAGAUGCAUAGAAUGCAUGACCUAUUUAUCAUUGGCAGCGGCGAGGCCAUGUUGCAGCUCAUCCCUCCCUCCCAGUGCCGAAGACACUGCCAGUCCGUGGCGAUGCCGCUAGAGCCAGGGGAUAUUGGCUAUGCCGGUGCCACCCACUGGAAGGUCUACGUUACAGCCAGAGGGGUCCAGCCUUUGGUCAUCUGUGAUGGAACCACCCUCUCAGAACUAUAG